AGAAGCAGGACGCCAAAAUCAGAGAAAAGGGGAGAAACAGAGAGCGAGAGAAACGAAACCAUGGCAACGGCGGCGGGGAGCUCAAGCGCGGCGGUACCGUUUUGGAGGGCUGCUGGAAUGACGUAUAUAACCUACUCCAACAUCUGCGCCUCGCUGGUCCGGGGCUGCCUCAAGGAGCCCUACAAGUCCGAGGCGGCUUCCAGGGAGAAGGUUCACUUCGCCGUCACCAAGUGGGUCAGCGGAAAGCCCGAGAAGCCCACCAUUCGAAGUGAUUCACCUGAAGACUGAUAGCCGCUGGUUUUGGAGAAGUUACAGUUCAAAUUUCAGCUUUAAGCGGUAUCACUCUGCUUCUCUGUUGUUAUGGGUUUCUUUUUUACUAUUAUUUUAUACUGUCACAGAUGAGCUUAAAUGCACAUUUAAUGAUUUCUCUGCGUUACAGUAAAUUUGUUAUGCUGCUGUCUUUUUGAAGGCUACAUGAUAUCUUUUAAUGA